AUGGGCCUUCCAGAAGUUGAUGGUCUGGAUGACAUUGUGACCAAAGAAAAUGUGGAGAGAAUGAGGAGGCUUGAGAGACAGAAAACGGACAAGGCAAAAAAGCAGCUGGUCACCUUCAAACAGAAUCGGCAACUGGAACGGGAAAAGAGGUAACAUAUAUUUAAAAAUUUUGCACAUGGAUUAGUACUCUACCUACUGUAAAAUGAUUAUGUUUGUUAUAGGAAGUUUUAGACAGUAGGAUGUCUUGAGUAAAUAUCAAAUGUCACUAGGCUGAUAAUGGACCUUUGUCGAGAGGCAGCCAUUUUGUCUCAGGAGAUUUAAAAAGCUUUGUUUUGCACCCCUAGCCUCGUAGAUAGAACGAGGCUAGGAGGACCUAGGAGGUCCAUUUUGUCUGGUUUGGGGUACCAGUAACAGCUGGACCAGCAUGCAAAGAAAGUCGUGUCCGAUAGCCCGGGGCUAGUGGAUUUUGCUAUCAGGCUAGUGAUUUUUGUUCUUAACUUGUUCAAUGGGCAAGUGCUGUUUUUUGGAGAAAUUCAAAUUACAGAAGGAUUGUAAUCAAUGCUGCUAAUCAAAAAAGGUUUUGGGGCUAGUUGAAAUGAAUUGUGGGCUAGUACAUGCUAGCUACAGCUUGCCCGAAUGGCAGGCUGUAAAAACUGACUUUCUUUGCACCCUGUGGACAAUGUGUAAUUUUUAGGACUCCAUAUAAAACAAAACUGUUUAGAAGUAUAACAUUAGUAAGAUAGGGAUGGCCAUGAAGCCAAAAGAGGCUUGUUAAUGAAUAGUCCAAAAAUUUUUUUUUCUGACCAGAACAAUCCAAACUAAUAAGAAGUUUUCUGUACUGUGUUUUAUUUAGACGACAAUACACAAAACGUCAAAGAAUCAUCCACAUGUAUGGCCAGACAGCUGAUGAGGAACUCAAUGAAGAAGCUACAAGGGCAGUUGAGGAAAAUUUACAAAUGCAACAAACUCAGGCAGCUACUAAAGCUUGUGUCUGUGGUGGCACAGACCAUUUGCGAAGGUCAAGUGUGCGCUGCGCAUUAAAUAAAAAAAAUCAGUGACUGACAAGGGCAAAUUAUUUGUCACAGGCAGUAUUUUAAUGUAACUGUUAAUAAUAUAUUUGUAGAAACUGAUAGUGUUUUGGUCUUUAUGUGCAGAAAUGGCUUUUUAAAAAGUGGCAAAUAAUAUGAUUUUAAUUCUCAAAGGGGAAGGUGGGGGGGGGGGGGCAAGGCAAGUGCCGAUCGCUUGUUAUAUUCAUUCCAUGUGUGUUAGAAGUAGAUUAUGCACCCCCCACUUACACUCGACAUACCGAUUUGAACUGUUUCAUCUUUAAACCAAAAUUUUAGUCCUACUUGUACACCACAAGUUGAUGUAAUCCACCCGAUAUCACGUCGUUUCACACAAAAGUCAAUUCGCCCGGACUUAGGUCAUUCACCCGAUGUAUAUUUGUUCUUCUUUAAGCCUUAACUCCGCGCGAAAUGCCAUCUGGCGAAUUGACUUGCGAGUGAAACGACCACAAUUCAGUCCACACAAUGAGCAUAUUUACCGGUACUUGUAUUAUGGUUUUUUACCCACAACAGGUUGGGUCAAUUUUUGUUAGUUUGUAGCCUAGAAAAAUGCUGUCAAAAUACUUCCACAUAAAUGAGACUUGCCUGCACCAAAAGUGCUGUUGCACUGCAACAGCUGUAUUUGAUCAUUUUAUUUUUGUCUUUGUACUCUACCUAUGUAGAUUUUCCACUUUUAUGUGCUGUUUUGUUGUAUUUCAGCGUGAAAAUGGUGUUGGGGAUGGCAGCUCCCUACUAUAUCCCCCGGUUGUAGUUGACGUGAUACGUCAUCUUUAUCUGGGGAAUAUAAAAGACUAUGCCCCCAAGAGUAAAAAGGUAGGGAAAAUGGAUUGUAAUACAAAUAAGUCAAAGAGAGUACCUUUUACUUUGUGUGCAUGCAUAUAAGAUUUCAGUGUCAGCACUACCUAAUAUCAAGAUAUAUUUUAAGGUUUUAACUGCUCAAUUUUUUGAGGGAGGAAUUUACUCGUCCAAGGGUAAGUUUUUUUUUUGCAAAAAUCAAUGUCAGCUUGGUUCCUCUUCAUCUUAUGUAAUAUUUGCCUUGUUUCAAACUCAUUUUCCUACUACAAAACCAUAUUCAAGAAAAGGUGCAAUUAAAAUUUCUCCCCAGGACGAAAAUGAACCAAAACAUGUUCAGCCAUCAAAAGUACAGAUAUAACAGUCCUGAAUGGGCCAUUACCCUUUACCAAUAUUCUCCUGGCAUGUGUGUUUACCUUCAUUUUACUUAUCUUUUGGACUGGAAAACCCAGAUUCUGAAGUCAAGGAGAGGAAAAUUUAAUUUUUAAUUUCACUUUAAUUUGUUUCACGAGAAUAAAAUAUUACAAUUCUUAACUUCUCGUGUAUCUGGUUAAUGUGUUACUGUACUGAUAUAUUUCAAUUGAAAUAUAAUUUUUUUCAAGCAGUGUUGAUGCAUUCAGUAGAAAAAAAGGAAUUGAUAUGUGAGAACAGAUCUAGCAAAAUAGAAGAAACUCAAAAAGAGAUUAUUGAGAAUUAUCCACAGCUCCCACAGGGAAAAAAACUUGGAGCAGCAUGACACUAUUGUCAAUGUUUCUCAAAUGCCUACUGUAUGCAUGAGCAAUGAAAAGGCUUUACAUCUAAACUAGUUGACACGGAAACGCAUGUGAAAACAAGCUAAAAAAUUUCACACCUUUCACAUACAAUGCCUCACUAAAAUGAUGCUUACUUUCUCCUUACAUCAUAAAUUCCUCACCAGAACAGAGAGGAGUGCCACUGGAGUGCUGGGAACAGCAGGACAAGGAGAAAAACUUUACCUUCCGCCAAAAACGUAUACAGCGAUCUGUAUAUGUAGGAUCUCGUGUCCUUGUUGCUUGCGUCCGGUUUGCAGCUUUGAGUCCUGUCAUCUAACAACAAAUUUUAAAAUUUCAUUGGGAUUUCAUCAAAACUGAAAAGAAAGAAAAACGAUGUUAGAAUUUUAUGAGAUCUGGAUAACUCGGAAAUGUUGCAAAUAGUAGGAAUUUCGGUCAAAGCGACCGUAUUUUCCAGAUAUUUUGUAAACACUUACCCUCAGAUGACGUUCGAAUAGUAUCCCAUGGUGCAUUUUUCCAGAAGCAUCACGCAAUAUCGCAGUGGUUGCAGAUUCCAUCUGAAAUAAGGUCCUUUUCUCGUCAGCUUUUUUCUCAUUCGAUUUCCAGUAAAACUAAGAAAAUUGCAUUAUUUCGUUAUUUGACAUGAUUUCUCCGAUUUGCAAUGGCUUAAGAGCGAAUUUUCCACAUAGAAACAUUUAUUUUCAUGGUUUCAAUUAGUGUUCCCAUCACAGAGUGUUCAGUGACCCACAACAAGGUCAUGAAUAUUCAAGAUUUUCCGGAAUGUAUGUUGAAAUCUUCCAUGCCAGAAAAAUGAAUUCCUGAAUAUUGUACAGGGUAAGAAGUACCCAGAAGUACCCACAUUUUGAAGACUUUUUUAUCGACCAAAGAUGGCUGAAAUUUGGAAUCUUUUAUCACAUUUCAACGCCGUGUGUGAUAAUAUAUGGGUAAAGUCAGCUGAAAGCUACAAUCUGUUGGGCGCUUUCGAGAGCGCUUUAUGCUGAAGCAAUCACUUUGUAUUUUCAAAGUGGUUAUUUCUAAAGGGAAUGUGACUAUAAUUAUUUUAAUUCGAAGAUGGAGCUUUGACUAUAAAUGAUGUGUUUCAGUGUGAUAGGAACCAAAAGAAAGUUGCCACGCAGCAUGCAAGCCGGCACAACGUAAACAAGCCUGUUCAGAAUUUGAAAAAGAAGCAUCAGAAACUUUAUUUAUUCAAAAGAACAGAUCAGUAUUCUGGCCAGGAAAUUUCCUUGAAGAUGCUUGAGUCAGUACUGGGUAGAUUGUGUCAGAGGAUUGUUUGUCGCAUCGAUAGGUUAAAUUUUAUUUGUAACUGCCAUAAAUUGAGCUCCUGUGAGCGCUAUACCGUAAUAAAUCCUCCCUUGGUAAUUAGCUUCACAGCGUAGCAGUUGUUUUUGUUGAAGCCACUUUUUAGAUCAGUCAUGGUUUUGGUUCUCCUUAGGCAUGGGUUCUCCUAGUGAACCUAGCGAAGCUUAUCAGUUGCCGAGUCUUAUACGCUGAAAUUCUCCUUUAAAGCACAGUGAAUAUAAGCCAACUCGAAAAUCUCAAAAGCAGAAGCUGCUGAACCGAAUCAUGUUUAGAAACCAUCCACAACGAGCACUGAGAUGUUCACUUCAUGCGUGCUGAAGAUUACUGAUCAUGAUGUGUCACGUACGUAGUGAUAAUAUAACAUGAAACGAGGUGCAUCAUGGGAUACUAUUUGAUCGUCGUCUGACUUACCCUAGUUCGGUACAAGCAGCCUUCAAAGGCGCGAUCGACUCCUCCGCAUGGUUAAUCUGCCACAUCAAGGAAUAUCUGACAGAGGUCCAGCUUGAGCUGGUACUGUAGUCUUAAGCACUGACACUGGUUGAGGGUGCUGCCAUGUAACUACUGAUCUCCUGUGAUUAAAAAACAUUAGGAACUCACUAUCUAUGUGAUACGCAUUUUCAAGCCAUUUGAUAAGUUUUUUUGACUGUUUAAUUACCUUGGUAAACACAUCUCGGCUUUGUGCAGUGUUAAAAAUAGGUCAGGUGACUGGUAUAUUCAUUAUGCAACUUACAUUUUCAAAGUAUUACUGAUGUUGCAUUAAAAAUACAACACUUACUUGCUAUAGCCUCAUAUAGAACAAAAAAAUUGUAAGUUAAUAUUUGCCUUUAUUUGGCAAAGCUAGUCUUAGGCAAAUCUAUGCGCUCUGAUUAGUUGUUUCUCGGUCGAGAUUUUGCAGUACUGACCGUAUCCUUGGAAACAGAAGGAAACGGUCCAAGCAGGGUAUUACCUGUUUUGGAGCAAAGCCAGCAAAUUCAACAUCUACAACCGAAACAGCAAAGAAAAUUCGGUAUAUUGUCAUUCUUCACAGCGAAACUGUGAGAAUUCAAAGAUGGAUGAAGAAGACGAACAUUCUUCGAGUCAGGUUUAUUAUCCUGAGGAACUGGAAACGUUUGAGCAUCAUUUAUUGUUAUUAGUACUUAAUUGGGAUAUGAUUAAAAGUCAUUGCACUUGAAGUGCCUCUGCUUCUUACCAGAGAUCACUGCCACAGCCAGCUCUAAAUUCUUCAGGGUUGCAUCUUGACUAUAUUCCUCCUUUGCUGUUUUCAAGUCAAUAUCUGUACACCAGGUUUCACAUUGUUUGCCUUUCUUUGGGAGCCAAAAUAUUCCAGCUUUGAGGCAGACAUGAGGGACUUGUUCUCGGAAUCUUUUUUAUACUACUACAUGGAAAGUUUCUGCAAUUUGAUUGGUUUAGAGUAGUGGUAUUUCAGCUUAAUUUGAAAUACCUACACGUGAAAAUGACAAACCUUUUGCGGGUAGUAGUAUAAUCAAAUAAUAGCAUGAUUUGUACGUGAUAUUUUCCACAAAUACCUCUCGUCAUAUUUCAAUUGUCCCUAAUUUUCUCUACACUAGUGGAACCCUCCAUGAGCACGUAUAGCCAGAACACCGAAAUUGAUUGUCCAGUAAGAGCCUAUAGGUUGUGGUUCAAUUUUCAAACCAGUUUCAUUUUUUGAAACUGGUUUUAUUUUUUCAAACUCGGACUGAGAGUAUGCUAACAUGAUAUGCUAAUUUAUAAGGAUAGUAGAAAACUAUUUUUACAGUAUAUUGCAAUUUUUAUCGGCACAUGACAAAUUCUCUUCAAAAAUGUAGCUCAAGGUGUUCAGUCCUAUCUGUGAAGAAACCUUGAUUAUUAAAAACAAACAAGCACAGACCUCCUUUCGGCUACAGCAAUUCUUUUCCUUUCCAUCUCUGAAGUAGGUUUCAGCAACAACACCACAAAUCCCACAUAUGGUGUCAUCAAGUUUUCUCUUGGUUAUCAUUUCAAAGUAACAGAAACCAUUAUAGAGAAGGUCAACAACAUACUCCCGCGACACAGAUACCCUCUGAAAAACACCAAAUAUUACAGCUAAAUUGAGCAAGGAGUUACAUUGUACGUAACAAAAUAUUUAAGGGAAAUUUAUAAACAAAUCAACUGAGGAAAUCAAUAAAAAUACGGACAAUUCAAAAUAAGUUGCAAUAAAAAAUUUGCUUAUACAAAAAAUAGAUAUUUUAUUACGUCAUGCAUAAGAUACCUUUAGAGCUUUCCGUAAAAUAUUCGCCAGUUUGCUUUCAAUAGAGUGGUCAGGGGCACACCCCUUUUGAAUUGUUCCCUCAAAUCAAGGAAUGUGGCUAUAGAAAGAAGGAUUUUAUCACUGAUAUUCAUCAAUCCUGAAAUAUAAUGAAAAAAAUAGACAAAUAGUCAAACAAGUCAGCCUUUAAAUUAAAAACAACAUAAAGCCUUAGUAACUUAGCGGAAAAACUCAUACAAGGUGAUGGAGGUCAUGUAAUUAAACCAAACCCAAACUUUUAUCACAUAUUACCCCCCAACAAAUUAAGUUUUACUAUUGUCAUGGAUUAAAACAAGAUUAAUUUUUAUUUACUAGUAAAGAAAAAAAAAAAAGAAAGGAGGGCUUAUUAACUUCCUUCGCCUGAAACGAGGGGUUUACUAAAAUAAAGAAAGGGGAUGCAAGCUAAUUAUUGAGAGAUGAGGCUUAAUAGGGGUGUUAUGGUAAUAUUUAAAAAGCACAUAAACAAUUUUCAACAAGAAAAAUAAGAGUCCUACCAAAGUCAUAUGGAAAAACUUGGUAAAGGCCUUUACACUUUCCACAUUGUUUUACAGAAAUCUUAAUUGGCUGCAGAGGAACACAAUUGGUAAGAAGAUAGACCUGACUCUCCUUCCUUUUGUCCAGGGUGUGGACGCGAAGCCCCAAGUGUAGCACCACGUAACACACACACUUCUUCUGUGGGGCUAUCGCUUUUAGGCCAGAAAUCUCCCCCAAGCCCCAAGGAGAUAAAUCUACUGUCCAUCUCCUGAAUUCUUAUUAAAAUGUGACUAGGUAUUUCAUAAGGAAGUUCACGUUUGUAAGUUGAUCUUCACUGUUGAAAUAGACAUGUCAGACUGUUGAUUUGGGGAGAGAUGAAUUGUUUUGAUUAGCAUAUGUUGAGCCAGCUUCAUGUGGAACAGAACUUUGUAACAGGCCAUAAAAAGACGUUGCAGAAGGCAACUCCAAUAAAAUCAGAGUGGAUUGAGUCAAGGCAUAUGUCGAAUUAUUCUGAUGAUCAAGAACUGAAUGGAUGUGAUUAGGCAGCAUUGGGGCUACGCAGUUGGCAGAGGAAGAGAGAGCUGGUUUUGAGGAGGCUGGAAGAUGAGGAUCAGUUGAAGGUACCGCAGAAUUUAUACCAUGAGGGGCUUUUACAACAAAUGAUAGACCAUGUUGAUAACUCGGAGCUGGUGAACUGAGAUUAGGUGCUGCUGGGUCCUGGUGGCAACUGGUGGAAAUAAGUGGUCGACAAUGGCCUGAAAGAAAAUGAUCAUGAGAUCCAGAUGGGCCUGAUGAUGAUAAUGAAGAUGAUAAUGAAGAAGAUGAUGAUGAUGAUGAUGAUGAUGAUAAGACUGAUGGUGGACUUUGGACCCUUUUUUGUGGACUCGGCGACUCAGACAUGUGGACGUAA